CCCGACUCUUUGACUGAUCACUACCCUGCCGAGCAUAGCAGAGAGCAGUCAGCUCGUCGUGUCUCUACCCGAGGCCGGAUGGUAAAAUCCAACCUCCAGCGGAUCCUAAACAGUCAUUGCUUUGCUCGCGAGAAAGAAGGAAAACAGCAGCCCAUUACUACCAUGGCGGAUUUAAGUAGCGGUAUCUGUGACAUGAUUGGGACCCUGUCCCUGCACUGUAGUAGUACCCGCGGCCCGGGGCCUCUGUGGUGCUCCGAUGCCCCUCUCCCACCCCUGAAGAUCCCAGGUGGGCGAGGGAAUGGCACACGGGAUCACACUCCUUCAGCUCGGCCUCUCUACUCGGACCGAGCGCUGACUGUAACGGAAGAGCCAGCAGGGAACGGACGCCCUGGCAUACUCCACUUCCAAAGCCGUCCCACCGUUACCAAGACAAUACAAUGGGAUGCCGUCUUAAGCAGCAGCGCUCUCUAUGUGGAGAUACCUCUUGACCCGCUCCCUGAAGGCAGCAAGGAGAGCUUUGCGGCUCUCCUGGAGUAUGCUGAAGAACAUCUGAAAGUCGUUAGCGUGUUUGUCUGCUUUUACAAGAACAGAGAUGAUCGUGCUAAACUAGUGCGUACCUUCAGUUUCCUGGGCUUUGAGAUUGUGAAACCGGGCCAUGCCCUCGUCCCACCUCGACCCGAUGUUUUCUUCAUGGCCUACAAUUUUGACAGGGACUCCUCGGACGAGGAGUAGCCCUCCGGACAACCUCUCCACCCUCUCUGCUUACACCUAAUUUUUUUCCUUCCCAUUGUAUGUUUUCCUCCCCCGUACAGUCCCGGCGCACGCGGUCAUCUGAUCCGUGUAAAACCGUGGACUGUAACUCUCUGUAUGCAAGUUCUCCCUCUCCCAUGCUUUUUGUGUUUAAGGGAACGCUUAAGUCGUUUUUUUUUUCCCCCUCCAGCAUCUAUAUAUGUGUGUUCUAUUAAAGUGUUCUCAUUGAAGAUUAAUUUGUGUUGACAUCUUAAAAAAAAAAAAGGAGGGAAUCUUGUUGUUUUGUUUCGUUUGUUUUUAACUUACAUUCAUAUUGCAGUCGUCAUUUCUUGUGUUUGUUUUGUUAUUUCCUUUAAUGACAAAUUAAGCUUCAUUUCAUGAAUGUACAACAAAAAAAAAAGGUCAUCAGGUUUUUACUCGGGGGGUACUCCAGCUUUCAUCCGAUUGGCUAAGUUUCAAAUUGAUUUCUCUCUCUGAACUGAAUCACCAACAUUUCAGUGGGACCAGUUAAAUUUUGUAGCACUAAUAUCCUCUUAUUAGUUAUUGUUAUUAUUAGGGAUUUUGAAACUUGCGUGCCCCAAUAAUUGGUACUUCACAGCCGGAUAGUGCACCCCGUUAGACUAGAGGUGGAGGGAGAAGACGAAUGCUGUUGCACGUGACUGAUGUAAGCGCUUCACUUAAGAUCUUGUGCGUUUAUUGGUACAAAAGAAAGUGAAUAAUCCAAAGUGCUUUUGCUUCUUUCUGCCAUGUAUAUCUGAUGUUAUUGUAGAGUUUUGUUUUGGAGGUUAAAAAAAUGCUGUGAUAUUAUGAUUGGAUUUUUGUUUUCAUGGAUUAGCAUUCCUUUUAACUUUCUUUCUUGAUAGUAUUGAGUUGUUCACCUGCAUAGUGGUACCUGUUGUGCUUCUGUGAUAAUAAAAGAACAAAACCAA